AAGCGAGCCUCCAAAUUCAGUUUUCAGCCGGCAUUUCCAAGAGCCAUAACAAAAAGUACAAAAUAAACGGAACAAAAAAAAAACAACAAAUAUAUACAUUCGCAGACUAGAUACAAUACGAUUUCAAUAAGAUUUAAACGAGAGAGAAUCAAAAACUAGAAGAAACAAUGGAAAUUGUAGUGAACAGUCCGAACAUCAAGUACACAGAUAAAUUCAUCGAAGCCAAAUAUGAGUACCAAACCACGACCGUCGAGACGAGGGCCAAUAAAUUACAUGCUGUCCCGAAAACCGAUUCCAUCGAUAUCCAAACGGAGAGGAUCGUUCCGAAGGUCGGCGUGAUGCUGGUAGGAUGGGGCGGUAACAACGGCAGCACUCUGUCCGCAGCUCUUCUGGCCAACAAGUUGAAAUUGUCUUGGCCGACGAAGAAGGGCGAGCAAGAGGCCAACUGGUUCGGCUCGAUCACGCAAGCGUCGACGGUUCGCUUGGGAACCGGCGUCGACGGGGAGGACGUCUACGUCCCGAUGAGCACGAUGCUGCCGAUGGUCCAUCCGGAUAAUCUCGUCGUCGACGGAUGGGACAUCUCCAGUUUGAACAUCGCGGAGGCGUGCAAAAGGGCCGGCGUUUUGGAUCCGAUCCUGCAGCAGCAGAUGCACAAGGAGCUGUCGCAGCUGAAACCGAGGCCUUCAGUUUACAGUCCAGAUUUCAUUGCAGCAAAUCAAGCUGACCGCGCUGAUAAUCUUAUAAUGGGAACGAAGCUGGAGCAGGUGCAGGCCAUCUGCAACGACAUCGAGGACUUCAAGAAGACAUCUGGCGUUGAGAAGGUGAUCAUCCUUUGGACUGCAAAUACUGAACGUUUCAGCGAAAUUAUCAAGGGCGUCAACGAUACCGCGGCUAAUCUGAAAGCGGCCAUCGCCAAAGGACACCAAGAGAUUUCUCCGUCAACCCUUUUCGCCUACGCCUCGAUUCUGUCGAAUUGCGUUUACAUUAAUGGUUCACCGCAGAACACAUUCGUGCCAGGUGUCUUGGAAAUGGCGGAAGCGAAGGGUGUUUUCAUCUGCGGCGACGAUUUCAAGUCCGGACAGACGAAGAUCAAGAGCGUUCUGGUAGAUUUCUUAGUCAGCGCCGGCAUUAAACCAGUCAGUAUUGUUAGCUAUAACCAUUUGGGUAAUAACGACGGUAAAAACUUAUCAGCCCCAAAGCAGUUCAGAUCUAAAGAGAUUACCAAAAGUAAUGUUGUUGAUGAUAUGGUCGAGUCGAACAAUAUCUUGUAUCCGAACGGCGAGAAACCCGAUCACUGCGUCGUCAUAAAGUACGUGCCGUAUGUGGGAGACUCGAAGAGGGCCAUGGACGAGUACACUUCGGAAAUCAUGAUGGGCGGUCUCAACACCAUCGUUAUUCACAAUACGUGCGAGGAUUCCCUACUCGCCACACCGAUAAUACUGGAUUUGAUCAUCUUGGCGGAGCUCUGCACGAGGAUCGCCUUCAAGAAACCCUCAGAAGCCAAGUUCUCAACUUUCCAUCCAGUAUUGUCGAUCUUAAGUUACCUGUGCAAAGCACCUCUUGUACCCAACGGCACACCCGUCAUCAAUGCCCUUUUCAAGCAGAGACUCUGCAUCGAGAACGUUCUAAGGGCCUGCCUUUCGUUACCACCAGACAACAGUAUGCUCCUCGAGCAUAAAAUACCGAUGCUGAUGAAGCAUCAAGAUGGACCAUGCCCUAAAAAAGCCAAAUAUGAAAACGGAAAACAUUAAUAAUUCAAUGUUUACAAAUUAAAUAUAUUCUCCCUAUUUACGUAUUGUUAAUG